UUCUACCGGACGUUGGACACAAUUUCGUCCGCUUCCUCUUCGUCUGUUUUCGGGGGAAUGCUCCAGGUGGACUCGCUGUUUGGAACAUGCUAUUGGGAAAUUUGGUAGUGGUCGUGUUCUGUCUGUGGGGAACUGAUGUCAGAGCUUAUGUUUUUCAAGCCAGUCGACCUGCAGAGGGAGGAGACAACCCACCACCUCACACUAAAGUCGUCUCAGAGUGGGUCAGCUCAGCGGGCUCCUGCAAGGGGAGGUGCUUUGAGCUGGAGGAGGCCAAACCUCCAGGAUGCAGAUGUGACAAUCUGUGUAAAACCUACUACAGCUGCUGCUCCGACUUCGACCACCACUGCCUAAAAACAGCGGGAGGCUUCGAGUGCACGCAGGACCGCUGUGGGGAGGAGAGGAAUGCCGAGCACGCCUGCCGCUGCUCGGCGGACUGCCUGGAGCGAGGGGACUGCUGCUCCAACUACAAGUCGCUCUGCAAAGGUGAGACUUCGUGGGUGCAUGGAGACUGCGAGGAGAUCAAGAGCGCUGAGUGUCCUGCAGGCUUCAUCCGUCCUCCACUCAUCAUGCUGUCUGUCGACGGGUUCAGAGCCUCCUACCUGAAGAAGGGGAACUCCGUCAUCCCCAACAUACACAAGCUGAGAGAGUGUGGAACGUCGGCGCCCUACAUGCGACCCGUCUACCCGUCUAAGACCUUCCCGAAUCUCUACACUCUCGUCACAGGCCUGUACCCGGAGUCCCACGGGAUUGUGGGGAACACCAUGCACGACCCCGUGUUCAACGCCACCUUCAGCCUGCGCACCAGAGAGAAGCUGAACCACCGCUGGUGGGGCGGUCAGCCCAUCUGGAUCACAGCAGAGGAACAAGGAGUGAAAGCGGCCUCUUUCUUCUGGCCUUGGGUGAUUCCUCUGGAGAGGAGGAUUCUGACCAUCCUGCGCUGGCUGCAUCUGCCCGACGACGAGAGACCGUAUGUUUUUGCCGUUCACUCGGAGCAGCCCGAUACCUUCGGACAUCGACUGGGACCGCUCAGCAGUGAGCUGGACAACCCUCUGAGGGAGAUCGAUAACAUCAUUGGUCAGCUGAUGAACGGUCUGAAGCAGAUGAAUCUGCAUCGCUGCGUCAACAUCAUCAUCGUAGGAGACCAUGGUAUGGAGGAGGCCCACUGUGAUCGGACAGAGUUUCUCAGCAGCUACCCGCUCAACAUAGACGAGAUCACGCUGAUCCCCGGCUCGCUGGGCAGGAUACGACCCCGCGACCCCAAAUCCACCACAUAUGACCCAAAAGUUGUGGUUGCAAACCUCACGUGUAAAAUGCCGACUCAGCACUUCAAGCCGUACCUGAAGCAGCAUUUACCGAAGAGGCUUCACUACGCCAACAACCGCAGGAUCGAGGACGUCCACCUGCUGAUGGAGAGGAAGUGGCACAUCGCCAGGAAAAUGCCAGAAAAACUGCGGACUCGUUGUGGUUUCUUUGGCGACCACGGCUUCGACAACAAGAUCACCAGCAUGAGGACCAUCUUCAUGGGUCACGGACCGAGCUUCGAGUUCCAGAAGAAAGUGCCGGAGUUUGAAAACAUAGAGUUAUACAACGUGAUGUGUGACCUGUUGGGGCUGAAGCCGGCCCCCAACAACGGGACGUACGGCAGCCUGAACGAGAUGCUGAAGGACCCCCCGUACCAGCCCGGCGUGCCGGAGGAAGUGACGUCACCGACGCCGGCGUCCGACUCCGACGCCGCCGCCGCAACCCACGACCUGGGCUGCAGCUGCGAGGACGAGAACCAAGUGGAGGAGAACCUUGAAGCCUUCGUCCCUCCUCCAGAUGGAAGCUACAGCUACAACACCACCCACCUCCCUUUUGGCCGUCCUGCCGUGAUGUUCCACACUCAGUACAGUUUGCUCCACCACGUGGAGUUCAUCAGCGGCUACAGCCGAGAGCUGGCCGUGCCGCUGUGGACCGCCUUCACGCUGCCGCGGCAGGGGGACGUCACGCCCGUCCCCGAGGCGCCGCCCGGCGUCCGGUGCGUCCGAGUCGACUCCCGAGUGUCAGCUGACCACAGUCUGAGCUGCACCGCCUACGACCAGAACCACCAGCUGACCCCCGGGUUCCUCUUCCCCCCAGAGCUGGCGUCGUCUCCGGAGUCCAGAUACGACGCCUCGCUCAUCACCAACACCGUGCCCAUGUACCCGGCCUUCAAGAGGCUGUGGAGUUUCCUGCAGGGGGCGCUCUUGAGGCGCUACGCCGAGGAAAACAACGGCGUGAACGUCGUGGCCGGGCCCAUCUUCGACAACAACCACGACGGCCUCCGAGACACCGCCGAGAAGAUCCGAGAGCUCUCGUCCGACGGGCCUCCCGUCCCCACCCACUUCUUCACGGUGGUGACGAGCUGCCGGGAGGAGAACCAGACGGUGGAGGAGUGCGACGGAGAACUCGGUGUGUUCUCCUUCUUGCUGCCGCACAGACCGGAGAGCAGUGAGGCCUGCAAUAGUGGAGAGGACGAGUCGCAGUGGGUCGAAGAACUGCUUAAGCUCCACACGGCCCGAGUCCGAGACGUGGAGAUCCUGACGGGCCUGGACUUCUACCGGUCUACCAACCUAACCCUUACCAGCAUGCUGAGCCUCAAAACCUACCUGGACCCCUUCGAGAGUGACGACUAGAAACACAGAGAGACAGACACACACAUAGAGGAUGUAGGCCUUUGUAGAAGUCCUGCAUUUUCACCGCAUACUCGCUGGACAGCCAGCAUGUCGUUGUUCCACUCCUGAGGAACUGACCGAGAAGUGCUUGGAAAAGGGAUCACCAUUUUUAACAAUUGAAAAGAGUAAAAGAAUGGUUUUGGCAAGUAGUAGUUUGGAAGAUUACAAUAGGAAUGUUCAAUACUAUCACAAAAACAUCUGCUAGCAACAAAAGCUAGCACAAGAAUGAUGCAGGAUGGCGGACUUUCUCGACAGCUGCAACUACACAUUUCAUAAAUACAGUUUAUGCAGUACAUCAUCAUGCAUGCAUGAAGGACCAUUUAUAUUCCUACUUACCAUCCUUUGCAUGCUAUAGAAUUUAAACAUCUUUGGACGUGUCUUUUCUUACUCAUAAAAUACUCUGAAAACUUGCAUUGUAUCAGCUAAUUACUUUUUUUUUUGUCAAAGUACUAAUAUCAUUGUGAGGACUUGCACUCAAACUACAGUAACGUUGCUUAUACUUCCAUGCUGUGUGGAAAUAAGAAGACGGCUGACUGAAAAGUCGGAAAACACAUUCAAAAAUCUAAAAGGCUAAAACAUGCAACGUAGAUGCAUAUUUCUGCAAAGGAAUAGUUUGACAUUGGAAAAUAUAUUCUCAUUCUUGCUGAGAGAUUAUUACCACCGUCAUUUUAGCAGCACCUUAGCCUAGCCUAGCUUAGCAUAAAGACUGAAAACGGGGGUUGGGGGGCUGGCUUUGUCCAAAGGUAACACAAUGUGCCUACGAGCACCUCUAAAGCUUACUGAUAAACAUGUCAUAUCUUGUUAAUCUAAACUGUCGAACCUUUCCUUUCAAACAAUAUCUUUAUAAGUAAACAUGUAGCAUAUACUCAUAUAAACACAGGGCUCAACAUGUGUACACCAGUCAGAAAGUGAACGGUCCACAGGUUUUAGACCAUUUCAAACAUUUGGUUAAUGAACAAAACAAAAAAAAACAUUAACUACUUUAGGUUUAGUAAAAAAAAAUUACAAAAUUAAAACAAAAGAAAAAUGAAACAAAGUACGUGGUUAUGUUUAAGCAACAAACAGUAGUAUCCUGGGUGGAAGCCCUAUGCAUUUUUGACCCAUCACCACCACCACGACCUGGAAACCUAUUUGUGAUACAUCAAAGACAAAUGUGACCCACAACAAAAAUACAUACUUUAUAGAAGACAGGGCUGUACUUUCCUUUAGAAUUUAUGGAGGAAAAAUUUACAUAUCUUUACAUAUAAAACACGCAAACUCACCUACUACAACAUUUUCCUCUCUGUUUUUACAUCCUUCUCAUUUCUCCCCCGCCCCUCUUUCUCAGCUGAUCAUCUAGGUGUAUAUUUUUAUACAAUUUGUCAUAUUUAUUACAUAUCAUCAUAAUAAUAAUAAUAAUAAUAAUCAUAUCACCUAUUGUAACAGUAUUAAUCCAGUGUAAAAGAUCCUGCCCCGUUUACUGAAAUAUAUUUGAAAAGGUGACCAAACUGGUGCUACCUUAAAGGAUAUUUGGGAAUGCUAAACCACAAGACAGAUUUACAACAUCAGCUCGUGAGAUGGAACCAUGUCUCAUGUUAAAUUGACGAUCCACACACCAAUACAAAUGCAGAAGUAUGCGAUGAGUAGAAUGAUGGACUUUAUAUUGGACAUUAUUUUAGGCAACACAUCCAGCUGUGUCCUGCAGAAUUGUUGUUGUCAUGUGUCUUCACAACAGCUCCAACUUUAAGACCCCGGCUGUACAACAAAAGCCCAACAACACUGAUUUUCCGUGUGUCACCUCAUGUCCUUAUUUGACCUCCUGCAUUCACAUGUUUAACUCCGGUAAACGCAGUUGGAACCUGUAUUUUUUCAUGUUUGGUAUUUACUUUUGCAACGUUUCCCUGAUGUGUUAACAUAGCUAGCUAUCAAGUGUAUCAAUGGCAUAUAGAGAAGAUAAUUACUGGAGAGCUUGCCAAAUGGUAAACAAAGCCAUGUUUGUCCAUGAGGUCUUUCAAAUAAAAAAU